AUGCGAUCCAAGAUAAAAAGCACCGAGCACGAGGAUAAUAAGGGACUACAUCAACUAUCAUCACAAAGCCCCAUAGGUGGUGGCUACCUCAACCUAUCUCAAAUCUUUGGCCUCACUUCUUCUGGUCAGAAGAGCGGUGCUGAGGAAGAGUUGUUGUUGGCCGUGCUAGCCGUUACUCGCUGUGCGGAGGGACCAAGAGCUGUUGGAAAUCGAAAGCUCUGUGCCGACGGUGCCGCCGUUGUCUUGAGGUCGUGGACGUUCGUUACCGCCGUUGUCGUGGUGCCAUUGCAUAUGUCUUUUCUGCCGGCGUCGUUGUCCCCUCCUCUUUUCCCGCUUAAAAGCAUGGAUCCGGAGGCUGCUCGAGCUGCACGGGAAUCUCUAGACCUGGCAUUCCAUAUGUCCAAUAUACUUGAUACGGGUCUAGAUCGUCACACACUUUCUGUUCUAAUUGCACUGUGUGAUCUUGGAGUCAAUCCUGAAGCACUUGCUGCUGUUGUCAAGGAACUAAGAAAAGAGACACCCUCAUUAUCCUCGGCACUUCCUGAGACUCCUUCUUUGCCAUAA